AUGCCCAAUAUACUAACUGUGCGAUGCAUGCACACUCAACUACUUAGUCCUGCUGUAUACUUCGUGAGCACGGUUCUCCAGUUCCAGAUCUACCGCGCCGUCUGUGAACGUACAGGACAGUUUAUCCGAGGGGAUCCAUCCAGGCCGCUUCACAAAUGUGAUAUUUACAGAAACCCAGAAGCUGGUAGGAUUUUGAAGCGCAUCAUGGAGCGUGGUUCUUCUGCCCCAUGGACACAGAUUUUACAAGAAACUAUCGGAGAAGGUAGCCUGAAUGGAGAGGCUUUAAGGGAUUACUUCAGGCCGCUUGAAGACUGGCUCAGAAGCGAAAAUCUUAGAACUGGAGAAUACCUUGGAUGGAGUUAUGAUGGAGACUAUUGUAAAUUUAGUAUCGAGACCGCGGGUCUCCAGGUUUACGGCGGGUUCUACAAUGCUGCCUCUCGCCACUUCGAUAUCACCAGCUUUUUCACAAUUCUUCUAGUAUCUGUGCUCACCACAAUUUUGGCUAUGCGUUGGCGCGUUGCGUCACGUAAAUUUCAAGAUAGAAGGAGAGAGAUAUUUGAAAAUGCAAGAGAGAAAAAAAAAAGGAAAAUGGGAUCAGCAAAGUUUAAAAACUGCGAUGAACAAGAUUUUGUCCAAAAAAAUGAGUUUGAGGGCAGCUUCGUCACGUUACAAUGUUCCAAAAAGUACUGUACAUGA